AUGUUCUCAUGGACUAUUUUUUUUGCCUACUAUACAGCCCAUGACUCUGCAAGCCAUGUUAUUAUUUUACGGGUUGCUACGCGCUACAAUCCAGUUUUCUUUUUCAUGCCUGUCAUCCUAUUUUUCUGCCUUGUUUUGUCAUCAUUCAUAUAUGUGAACUACUUUUUGCAGAUGUACUCUACGGUUUGCCGUGUUGCAACCGUCCUUCAGACUAGAUAUACAGCACCUGGAUUCUGGCGUGCUGGUCUGAACCUCUUCGUAGCGACAGAGAAGCUGUUAACUAAUCCUGCUGAAAAGGAACGCCUCAAAACCUGCAUUUUGAGGGCCCGGGAGCAUCUUGAUGAAAAAGAAAAUGAGGAGUCAAUGCCAACCAACAGAGAACCAGACACUAGAUUCCUUUUUGAAGGCCACCUUACCGUGGGACAAGAACCUCCUCCUCCAGCAUGGCUUGUCGCCCAGAAUUUAACACGAGAAUUGAACAUCUUAGCGGAACCUUCUGGAGAUCAAAAUGGGAACAACACUAGAACGGAGUUGAGGCCUGAGGAGAUGACACCUGCUAUAAUGAACUUCUUAAACACCUUAUCAGGGGACGCGGAGCUUGAGAGUGCCUUGGAAGCAUCACUGCAGGGUAUCACAGCGCAGCCCAAGGUACCACCGGCUUCAAAGGAGGUCGUUGCUAAUCUCCCGGUUGUAACUGUUACUGAAGAAGUCAUUGCUAGGCUGGGCAGCGAGACUGAGUGUGCUGUUUGCCGAGAAAACUUGGUUGUGGAUGACAAGAUGCAGGAGCUGCCGUGCAAGCACCUUUUCCAUCCCCCUUGCCUCAAGCCAUGGCUGGAUGAGAACAACUCAUGCCCGAUCUGCCGGCGCGAGCUGAGGACGGACGACCAUGCGUACGAGAGCCGGAAGGAGCGGGAGCGAGAGGAGGAGGAAGACAGGAAGGGAGCGGCCAAUGCUGUCAGGGGUGGGGAAUUCAUGUACAUCUGA